CGCAACCAGUUUAACAGAGAUAAAGUAGCGUGGAGGUAGUGUCGUUGUGUAUUGUUGUAUAACGAUCUGAUUAUUUUUGUUUAUAUGCGAAUAUUGUGAGGAUAUCUUAGUAAAAAUUGAUAUACAUUAAUAAAGUUAAAGAUUUUUGGACUUACAAGCUCAAUCUGUACUUUUGUUAAGUGUUUCUGUAGAAUUUGAACAUUUUAUCCGAGUGUGUAAUCUUGUAUCGGCGACUUAACGUUGGACGGUGGUUGAAAAUGUGAGUUAAAUAAUAUCAUGCUGGUUAACAUUUCGGCUUAAGGACAAACCUGCAGUUGUAAGAGAAAGACCUUGUGUAACUAUGAAAUUGUUUACGUUUCUCCUGUUGUUACCGGCAUGCUUAGCACAUCUCAAUGUUUACUUGAGUAGGGCUGAAGUAUGGAGACUACUAGGACUAACAGCGGAAUUAUUCUAUGUGCGAGAUGGACAGAUCAACACCUAUGCGCUGAACUUUGUGGUUCCCGUACCGGCGACCAUAGGAGAGCUGCACUUCACAUGGCAGAGCCUUACGCGAAGACCGUUACCAUAUAUAUUACACGUAGACUUGGGAAAAAACGAAGAAGUAUUACAUACGCCAACGUUUAAUAUUUCAAGCACGGGUUUUGUGCCUACGGAACCACAAACUUGGAGAGUAGAUUUACCAUGUACGGGCACAGUUUCCGCCGAAGUGGCCGUCACCAUAUCUCUCAACGUGUCCACCGGUUCCUCUUCGACCGCAUUGCUUUUCCGACGACGAAAAAUAUGUCUAAAAGAAGCUCAUAGGCCAGCUGUAAGAGUAGAUAGUGUGCCGCAUGCAGCGACUUCUGCUGAUAUAUUCUAUGCAGGCGCAGGCUGUGCUGGGGGUGCACUUUUAAUCGCUGCUGUUGCUGCUACAGCGUGCAGGGUACGGGCGAGAAAGCUUCGCAGAGCACGAAGUGAUGAGCAAGAUGGUCAUGCAUUUCUACCUGAUUCUUCUUGUAAGUCUGCCGCUAGUUACACUAGCUAUCGACGACCCACUUCUCUACCCGCUGCAGCAGCGGAGGAAAGAGCUAGAGAUUUACAACAGAGAAUAACAGAAUUGACAAUUCAAAGAUGUCGGGUUCGAUUGCGAUCAGUGGCAAUGGAAGGGACGUUUGGUAGAGUAUAUAAAGGAACGUAUGCCGAUGAAGAGGGUAGAGAGCAAGAAGUUCUAGUGAAGACUGUAGCUGAACAUGCGUCUCAAGUUCAGGUUUCACUUUUACUCCAAGAAGGCUGUAUGCUGUAUGGACUUCAUCACGAGCGCGUCUUGUCUGUACUCGGUGUCAGUAUCGAAGAUCAAACUGCUCCAUUCUUACUCUACCCCUGGAGUGUUACCUGGAGGAAUUUAAAGCAAUUCCUGCUAGCAUGUCGAGGAGUUAGUUUCGGAGUAGCAGCAAACGGACCGCCUCCACCACCACUGACUACACAACAUGUUGUCAGGAUGGCAUUACAUGCGUUGGAUGGCUUAGCCUAUUUACACUCUCAGCACGUUCUUCAUAAGGACAUCUCAGCAAGAAAUUGCAUUGUGGACGAAAAUCUUCGAGUGAUGAUAGCAGAUAACGCGCUGUCACGCGAUCUUUUCCCCGGCGACUAUCAUUGUUUGGGCGACAACGAGAACAGGCCGAUCAAAUGGUUGGCUCUUGAAGCAUUAUCAAAGAAGCAAUUCAGCCCCUCAUCGGAUGUAUGGGCACUUGGAGUAUUACUAUGGGAGCUGACAACUUUGGCUCACCAGCCGUAUGCUGAAGUAGAUCCGUUUGAAGUUGCUGCAUAUCUACGGGACGGUUACCGGUUGCAGCAGCCAGCGAAUUGUCCGGACGAACUAUUCGCUGUAAUGGCUUACUGCUGGGCGAUGUCUCCUGACGACCGACCCACUUUGCCGCAACUACAAAUUUUCCUACGAGACUUCCACACACAGUUAACGAGAUUCGUCUAAGACAUUCCUUACAUUAAAAAAAAAAACAAUCCAAAGACAAUAAUAUACAUAAUUAGUGAAAUAGUGAGAAAAAAUUUAGUGGACAUAAAAGAGGCCUUAAUACAUGCCCAUAGUGACAUUCUAUCAAGAAUUUAUAGUGACGAGUAUUAAAAUGAGCGCGGAGAUGAGACUGAUUUAAUGAUGAUUAUUGAAUUGUAAAUUAUCGUUCGUAUAUCACGUUCGUUACAUAUGUUUGUUUCUAUUUCGUCAACGAUUUCACCGACAAUAAAACGCGAAGCUUUCACAAUAUGCAAUAAUUUUUUUGCCCCGGGAAAGAAAUGAAUCAACUUUACGAUCGGUCUGUGUCAGUUUCUUAAAAAGAAAAAAAUUGCAUAAUGUUUAUGCUUUUCUAUACAAAUAGCUCGUUAUGACGUUAUAGAAAUAAAAAUUUGUGGCAAUUAUAUAAUGUGUAUUGUAAUUAUUUAAAACCUCACUACUGCCAUAUUAGGAUAAAGGAAUAUAUGUAAAUAUUGUUAGUUUAAACAUUUAAAUACGUAUAUUGAAUGUGCCUCGGACUUUAUGAAAUAUAUAGAAUUUUAUUAAUGUUCUGUUGAUGUAUUGAAGUUUUCGAUAAUGUCUGUAUUUGAAUUUUUAAUACUUUGUUUCGAUAAAAUUGUAAAAUAAAUGACAUUAAAUGUAAAUUUUUCACUGUGACCACAUUAUUUUUUCAAAAUAAUUCAUUGUCAACUAUUCUUAUCCCUACUAUUAUUAACGAUUGUGUAGCAAUGGUAAUUAUAAAAAAUAAUAAUGAAACAUACGGGGAAUUACAUAAACAUCGAACUUAUACUUUUAUAAGAUCACUUGUAUUAAAAUUAGUAUUAAAAUUACUUAUGCAACGAAAAGGCGAUUUAUUUAAAUUUAUAUUGGUAUCAGUAAAGUGCCAAAAAUUAAAAGAAUUAUCUCUCGCUUUGUGCCAAUGUAUCAUCCAACCACAUAUUACAGAUAAAUCGUAUCGUUUAACAGUUUAGUCGGAUUGCCAUUAAGUAACGAAAAUUACCCAUAUCCUUACAAAUAUAUAUCGAUUAAAAUUCGAAUGAUUCAUCUAAAAAUUUAAUCGAUUAAAAACCGAAAUUAUAAUAAUCUAUGAAUAACAAUUAAACAAAGACUAAACUAUUGACCGAUUUAAAUUUAGAACUGAAAUUUUAAUAUCAUACGAUUAAUACCAGCAAGACGAUUUCAAACGAUAUUGAAGGCCUAACAAGUUCUGCUACUGAUUAUUUUGACAUUUAACACUGAAUUAAUUAUAAGAUACUAUUUGUGUUGCAUUACAACUAUAAUAUCCAUUUCAAAUAGCAUGGGUACUGUGAUAUUUGAUCAAUAACAUCUCACGCGUGUUGUAUUCCGAAACAAAAAAAAAACUCGAUUUUAAAUUACAUUUUAAAUCAUAUUCUUUAUUCUACGUAAUUACACAUUUAAAAUAAAACAAAGUGAAUGCUUGCCUUUUAAAGCAGUCUUGUCAGUACACAAUUAAGUCGUUAAAUAUAUAAUAUUUCUUAAUAAGAAUUAAUAAAAAAUAAAAUUAACGUUUUCUUUUUAAUUGUUGUAACAAUUACAAUUACUCAUACAUUUUUAUAAAGUGUUAUGUUAGAGCUGUGAAAAUUUUUAUUCUCCGUGAGUUGGACACGAAUAUUAAAAAUUGUUUAAUUUUUUUUUAAUUUGAUUGUUUUAUUGAUUUGGCAAUUCACGUCGGGUAUUAUUUGUUCUCGACGUUAGAAUAUGACGAUGAUAAAUAAGUGAUGAUUUUAUAUAAAUUAAAUUUGUUUUGUUACCAAAUUAUUGUCAUAAAAUCGAUUUUUUUUCAUUAUAAAUUUGCAAGUAAUCGUUUUUCACCAAACGAUCUAGAAACAUCAAGUUCCAAAAGUCACCUUAUCUAUGCUAUAAGAAAAAGAGUACAGCGAAUUUUUUUUUUAUAAAAUUAUUAUUUUCGAGAAAUUAAAUUUAAAUAUUUUUUAUAAUCUUUUGGAAUGUGUCAAAUGUUUGACACUUUGUGCAUUUGAAUUAACUCCAUUUUUGUUAAUACUGAUUCAGAAAUUAACGAAACAGUAUUGUUAUUUCGUAAGUAAAAUAAAGUAUUGACUUAAAAAUAAAUAAACAAUAAUAGGAAAUCAAAUUUUAGAUAAGGUUGUAAGCGCUAGAUUUUCCAUUUGUCAACAAUUAAUGUGACAUGACAUUAAUAUGACUGUAUCUGUAAUUCUUGUAUCUUCGAGUAAUUUGUACAUUACUUAAGACAGCUGUUAUAAAUAUUAAAUAGAUUUGUAUAUUUGUAAAUACUGUGCAAAUGAUAUGUCAAUA